ACUUCUACUAUUUAUAGUUUUGUACUAAUACUGAUAUAUUAUUGUGAUGAUCUUUUACCUCAAUCAAAUUGAUUCUUUAAUGUUUUACAUCUGGAUAUUGAUGCAUAUAUAAUUCACCUGAACUUUCAGUUUCAAAGUUUGAAACCCUUUUACUUUUUCCCUUCCGUGUUCACAUUUCCUUUCACACAUUGUCCCGAACAGGUGGUGUACAAGUUGGGUUCUUUUAUAUUUUCCUGUAUAUGAAGCAGCGGUUUUCCACCAGGAAAGAUUGCGACUGCGAUUAUUCUCUCUCUAGUCUUAUAUAUAGAGGGUUUUCUUGAGGGUAAAGAAUUGGUAAUCAGUCUUAUUUCUCACAAAUGAAUGAUAGUAAGAGAAGACGGAGGAGGAGGGAUAGUGGAAAUAUACCCAAUUUUGAAGAUGGUCGUGCUGAGAGUAACGAGACCAAUCAAUUUGAUGUGCAGAAACAAGGUGGGGUUAAGACUAAAGAGUUGAAGGAGAUCAUAACUUCCUUGAUAUUACUUGAGGAGCAAGAAAAGAGGGAUCAAGAGGAAUUGGCAAAGGAAGAACAAGAGGAGAAGCUCUUCUUUGAAAACAACCACGAGAAGAAGGGGCGAGCCAUGUUGGACUAUUACUCCCAAUUGCAGGAGUACCAGAAAGAAACAGAUCUUAAAGAUGGGGUCAGGAAAAGAAAGAGCAGGGCUAAUAGUAUUGUUGCUGCCACCACUGUUGCUGCCGCUGCCGCAGUUGAUGCCGCGGAAAACGAUGCAGUUUCGGGGAGUAGCAAGGACGGCGGAGGCGAUCAGGGCAGCGAAAAGGGAGUUAAAGGGGCCCCACAGAGGCGGUUGUGGGUGAAGAAUCGAUCAAAGGCUUGGUGGGAUCAAUGCAACAGUGCUGAAUUUCCUGAGGAGGAGUUCAAGAAGGCAUUUAGGAUGGGGAAAGAUACAUUUGAGAUGAUAUGUAAUGAAUUGACCUCUGCGGUGGCUAAGGAGAAUACUAUGUUAAGGGAUGCUGUCCCCGUUAGGCAACGGGUAGCGGUCUGCAUAUGGCGAUUGGCCACCGGUGAGCCACUUAGGCUUGUAUCCAAGAAGUUCGGAUUGGGGAUUUCAACAUGUCAUAAAUUGGUUCUUGAGGUUUGUUCUGCGAUAAGGACAGUUUUGAUGCCCAAGUAUCUUCAAUGGCCUGAUGAGGAAUCAACCAGGAGGAUUAAGGAUGAGUAUGAAGCCACAUCGGGCAUUCCUAAUGUUGUGGGAUCAAUGUAUACUACUCAUAUACCAAUCAUUGCUCCCAAGAUUAGUGUGGCUGCUUAUUUCAAUAAGAGGCAUACUGAGAGGAAUCAGAAGACCUCAUAUUCAAUUACAGUGCAAGGUGUUGUUGAUCCAAAAGGGGUGUUUUCUGAUGUAUGCAUUGGAUGGCCUGGUUCAAUGCCUGAUGAUCAGGUUUUGGAGAAAUCUGCUCUCUUUCAGAGGGCUAAUCAGGGGCUGCUGAAGGGUGUGUGGAUUGUUGGGGGUUCUGGAUACCCUUUGAUGGAUUGGGUAUUGGUGCCCUACACACAACAGCACUUGACCUGGACUCAGCAUGCUUUCAAUGAGAAAACUGGGGAGAUUCAGAGGAUUGCAAAAGAUGCCUUUGCCAGAUUGAAAGGGAGAUGGUCUUGUUUGCAGAAAAGAACUGAAGUGAAACUUCAGGACUUGCCGGUGGUACUAGGGGCAUGCUGCGUCUUGCAUAACAUCUGUGAAUUGAGGAAUGAGGAAAUGGAUCCAGAACUUAAGUUUGAUCUCAUUGAUGAUGAGAUGGUUCCAGAGAUUCCAUUGAGGUCAGCGAAUGCAAUGAAAGCAAGGGAUGCCAUUGCUCACAAUCUCCUGCACCAUAACCAUGCUGGAACUUCUUUCCUAUCCUAGGACAAGUUGCAUUGAUUUUUCCUUUCUGAAGUUGGAGUAAUUCUUUCUAAUGCUUUUCUCAUUUGACAUUUGUUGUUGUACAAUGAUAAGUAGUUCUUUAUCAAAGAUUAGAUCGAAGGCUAAGUUAGGUAAAUUUUCUGUCGCAAAUUGGUGAAUUAAUUGUUGUCUUCUAGGCUGAAGCUGUAUACAAAAAUUAUAGAUACAGGUUAUGACUCAGUUCUAUACUUAACAAUGCAGUUGACAAUGAAUUGAUGAACUAAACUUUUUUUACAA